CAUCCACCAAUCGCGAUUGUUCGUUCAGUUAAGCUUGUUCCCCGGUAAGUAAGCAAGCAAACAUGGCAGAAAGAGGUUACAGCUUCUCUCUUACAACAUUCAGUCCCUCUGGCAAAUUGGUCCAGAUUGAAUAUGCCCUGGCAGCAGUAGCUGCAGGUGCCCCCUCUGUGGGCAUAAAAGCUGCUAAUGGAGUUGUCCUGGCAACAGAAAAGAAACAGAAGUCCAUAUUAUACGAUGAACAGAGUGUGCACAAAGUGGAGCCGAUAACCAAACACAUUGGCAUGGUCUACAGCGGCAUGGGCCCAGACUACAGAGUUCUUGUGCGGAGAGCGAGGAAGUUGGCGCAGCAGUACUUCCUGGUCUACCAAGAACCCAUUCCUACUGGCCAGCUGGUGCAGAGAGUGGCAUCCGUCAUGCAGGAGUACACUCAGUCAGGAGGUGUGCGUCCAUUUGGAGUGUCCCUGCUGAUAGCUGGCUGGGAUGAAGACAGGCCCUACCUCUUCCAGUCAGACCCCUCUGGUGCAUAUUUUGCCUGGAAAGCAACAGCAAUGGGAAAGAAUUACGUCAGUGGAAAGACAUUCCUUGAAAAAAGAUACAAUGAGGACCUGGAACUGGAAGAUGCCAUUCACACUGCUAUCUUGACACUAAAGGAAAGCUUUGAAGGUCAGAUGACGGAGGACAACAUCGAGGUGGGCAUCUGCAAUGAGGCCGGCUUCAGGCGGCUCUCACCUUUAGAGGUGAAGGAUUACCUGUCUGCGAUUGCAUAAAACGCCACCAGUUUACGGAAGGGGAUUUUUGUUUGUUGUGGUUCAGGUUUGCGAUGUAUUCAAUUCCGUGUUUUCAUUUGAAGAACAUAUUAUUGCUAUUUUUCAUUCUCUGCUUCUUCAUAGAAAACAACCAAUAAAUGGUACUAAUUAAAAAUC